AUAGUGUGUGUGUGCGUGCGCGCGCGCGCUUGAAAGUGUGUGUGAGUGAGUGAGUGAGUGAGAGAGUGAGAGAGAGAGGUGGGGGGGGAGAUCUGUGCCCAUCUUACCGGGACGGGACCAUACGGGAAUACCGGGUGUGCUGAUUUCUUUCUGAAGACUUCACGAAGUUUUCUUUAAGCUGUGACUUUACCUGAGAUCUAGGAAAAAUGACUGUUGCUAAUGCCAAGUCCGGUACAGCUAUGCAGAAAGUUUUGGAUAACCUCAGGGAGCUGCCUCCGUCCACCGACACCAAAGACAUUGACCUCAUCUUCCUCCGUGGAAUCAUGGAGAGUCCCAUAGUCCGCUCUCUAGCUAAGGCUCAUGAGAGACUGGAGGAUGUGAAGCUUGAGGCAGUACGGAACAACAAUGUGGAGCUGGUAAGCGAGAUUCUGUCUGACAUCAGUUGCCUGGCUGUGCAAAACGACAGUGCAGCAGAGCUCUCCAAGAUCCUCAAGGAACCACACUUCCAGUCCUUAAUAGAAACUCACGAUCAGGUGGCUGCUAAAUCUUUUGAAACCCUUCCGUCUGCGGCAAACAACACUACCAUGAGCAGCACUUCUCUUAUGCCAGUGGACACUGUACGUAUGAUCAGCAUCCAGAAGAAGGCAGGAGAGCCACUGGGUGUGACAUUCCGAGUUGAGAAUGGCGAGCUUGUGAUCGCACGCAUUCUUCAUGGCAGCAUGAUUGACAAGCAGGGCAUGCUGCAUGUGGGCGACGUCAUCCGGGAGCUGAACGGCCAGGAAGUUGGAGGUGAUCCUACAGCAUUGCAGGAGAUGUUGAAGGACAUCAACGGAAGUGUCACCCUCAAAAUCUUGCCCAGCUACAGAGAUACACCCACACCGGCACAGGUGUAUUUGCGACCUCAUUUCAAGUACAACCCUGAAACGGACAACCUCAUUCCCUGUAAAGAAGCAGGGCUGGCUUUUUCCAAAGGGGAAAUCUUGCACAUUGUGAACCGGGAGGACCCCAACUGGUGGCAGGCACGCAGUGUAGUUGGAGGCCGAACUGGACUCAUCCCAAGCCAGUACUUGGAAGAGAAGAGGAAAGCAUUUGUACGGAGAGAUUUGGAAGGCUCAGGAAUUCUUUGUGGAACAAUAACUGGAAAAAGGAAGAAAAAGAAAAUGAUGUACUUAACUGCAAAGAAUGCAGAAUUUGAUCGUCAUGAGCUGCAGAUCUAUGAAGAGGUAGCUAGGAUGCCUCCAUUCCAGAGGAAGACACUCAUCCUGAUCGGUGCUCAGGGUGUGGGACGCAGAAGCCUGAAGAACAGGCUGAUUGUGUUAAACCCACUGCUCUUUGGCACCACCGUACCCUUCACGUCUCGGCGGCCACGUGAAGAAGAGAAAGAUGGACAGUCUUACAGCUUUGUGUCCAGAGCAGACAUGGAGAUGGACAUUAAAGCAGGCCGUUACCUCGAGCAUGGGGAGUAUGAUGGGAAUAUGUAUGGCACGAAAAUCGACUCGAUCCACGAGGUGGUAAAUGCCGGGCGUACCUGCAUACUGGACGUCAAUCCUCAGGCACUGAAGGUGUUGAGAACAGCAGAGUUCAUGCCGUUUGUGGUUUUCAUCGCUGCUCCUGAGCUGGACACACUACGAGCCAUGCACAAAGCUGUGGUGGAUGCAGGAAUCACCACCAAACUGCUAACGGAAACAGACUUGAAGAAAACAGUGGACGAAAGUGCCAGGAUCAAACGUGCAUAUAGCCAUUACUUUGACUUGACAAUAGUGAAUGAUAAUCUGGAUAAGGCCUUUGAGAAACUGCAGGAGGCUGUGGAGCAUUUGUGCACAGAUCCUCAGUGGGUACCGGUUAACUGGGUUUACUGAUCCGUCCAUCCUUAUCCUCUUUAGCACUAUCACCGUCACCACCAUCCUCGACUUCAUCGCUGGUGUCAUGGACCACGGCAGGACUGUCUGUGGUCAGUGUUUCCCAACCUGACCCUGAGGUCCAACCCUGCUAUGCAAAGCUUCACUAUCCAUUAGAAAAGAAAGGGAAGUGUACUUAUUUAUUGACUUUUUUUUUAAUCUACCAGCAAAGCACAUCUUGAGGCAUAACUGUUCCUUGUGUUACUGUACAAACAAUGUACUUACAGGGUGAUGGAAGUAGUUUUGUUCAGCAGUGAGAAGCUGAAGAAGACGUCAUUGCUGUGCGCUGCGAUACACUUUUGCAGUGGAGUGUUUCAGCUGCCAACUCAGCUUUUUGAUCUCUUUAAUGCUAAUUUUCUACAUUUUAGUAAAUGUUACUCAGCAGUUUUCAUGGUACUGCUACACUGAAACUCAUUACAUUACUGAAAUAUCGUUAUACUACGUUGACUUUUAUUAAUCGAGAAAUAAGGAGAAAAGAGAAGCAGAAAAUAUUUUACCAAAUUGUUUUUUUAUAUAAGAUGUAACACCUCUUUACAUUUUGCUGCAAAUGUCAGCAAACAUAGUAGAAAAUCAGCUCAACACUGUGGAGUGUUUAUUCAUGUGUUUUAUGUUGGAUCAUUGUCAAAAAUGUGUCUAUACUAAAAAAAAAAAAAAGCACAGUGUUCAUCUCAAUGCCUUUGUGGCACCAUGCAAAAUUAACACUACUAUCACAGGGGUUUUGGUUUAUCAACACAAUUUUUUUUCCCUCUCUCUCUCUUCUAUAAACACUAUGACUUGCCCAUAUAUUUGCCUACUAUAUUUUAAAUCUAUGCCUUUUGUGUCCUUACCACCACAGUAAUAAUUUCUCUUCCUAGAUCUCCUCUCAAUUGAAAAAAUGUGCUUUUCAAUUCACUGUAAACACUGCACAGUAAGAUCGUUUGUGAUUUACAGCAGUUCUAUUUCUGAUAGUUGUUUUAAUCCAGCAGCCCAACAAGCACAAAAAUUAAAGAGAUUUUAUCGCACUGACAAACCUAAAGAAAAAUUCAUUAGUGUUGUGGCUGUACAAGGUCUAUGAGCAUGACUUGUUUCAUGAUAACCAGUGCAAAUGGAACAGUUAAUUUUAUAUUUGUCUGUUUCUGUCCCUAAAAUAUUAAUUUCAGGAUUAAAGUAAUUUCUGCACAGUUUAUGGCACAGUAUGACCAAUAAAGCCUUUAAACUAACAAAGACAGUUUACUACACAGCAGAUAAUUAUUGCUUGUACCCAUUCUGUAGUUGUGAAAUUAAUGCAUUUCUUUAGAAUGGUGUAACUCGAUUAUUUAAAUUGAUAUAAUAGGAUAUGAUUUACAUUUCUAUCAACACAUUUCUGAAACUUUGCUUUGUUCGUUCACAUGAAGUUUUGUGGUUAAACCCCUGCUGUCUGAUUGUUUUAU